GUGACAUUUUAAGGAAAUUUGUUAAUUUGCGUAAUUGAUAUAGAUAAAGACUGUAAGGUGUGCGUACAAUUAGAUCUUGUAACGAGUGAUGGAGGAAGUGUCAUUUUUGGAACAGAAAAAGAGAAAACGACAUCCAAUCGAAACAACUAACUGCGUGUCAAAAUUAUUUUUUUGUUGGUUACCAGUCUACCUCUUUAGAGGACUUAAAAAUGAAGUCACCGAAGACGAUAUGUACCUCACUGUCGAAAAACAAAAAUCUUUAUAUCUUGGUACGAAACUUGAACAAGCUUGGACAAAACAGCUUAAAAAGAAACAGCCUUCUCUUCUAUGGGCUAUAGGUUCAGUAUUCAAAUGGGAGUUGGCAAUAUAUGCAGUGUUCAAUGCUUGGUUCGAAUUAUUGAGAAUAGCUCAACCAUUCUUGAUAUCAAAGCUGGUCUCAUACUUCCAAGAUGGAGUCAAAAGCGAUAAUAUUGUGGUUUGUGCCAUUACUUUAAUUAUUGUCACAUUUGCUCAAGUAGUGAGCAUCCACCAUUAUCAGUUAAAAGUUAUGGUUUUAGGAAUGAAAAUAAGAGUAGCAGCAUGUGCUCUAAUAUACAGAAAAGCCCUAAAACUAAGUAAAACAGCUUUAUCACAAACCACUGUCGGUCAGAUGGUAAAUUUAUUAUCGAACGAUGUGGGAAGAUUCGACUUUAGUGGCCAACAUAUCCAUUAUCUUUGGUUAUCACCUUGUGUUGGAGUCGUUUGUGCUAUUUUACUUUAUAAGGAAACUGGUCUAACUGGUUUGUCUGGAAUGAUGUUCUUAUUGUGCUUUGUUCCUGCACAAGUUUACAUGGCGAAAUUAACGUCGCAAUUUAGAUUAAAAACAGCUUUAAAGACUGACGAAAGAAUAAGACUGAUGAACGAAAUUAUCUCAGGAAUCCAGGUUAUUAAAAUGUAUACAUGGGAAAAACCAUUCGCCAAAUUGAUUGAAUUCAUCAGAAAGAAGGAAAUUGACCAAAUAAGACAUACCUCAAUAAUAAAGGCUCUGACGAUAACCUUCAACAUCGCACUAUCACGAGCCGCUAUUCUCGUGUGCAUCUUAACAUACAUAUUAUCAGGAAACGUUCUCACGGCAUCAUAUGCCUUUACAGUAACGUCAUAUUAUACAUACGUUAGAGCUAUAAUCACUUUACAGUUUCCCCAAGCCAUGACCCAGUUUGCUGAGACAUUAGUAUCCAUAUCCAGGAUACAAAAGUUCUUAUUGUAUGAAGAACUAGAUGAUAAAUAUACACCAAUGCUUAAACAAAUCAACAAUAACGAGCUUCUACAAAAAAACAAGCCAGAUGUCAUUGAAGUAAGGCCUAUAGGUAUUAAAAUAAAGAACGCAGCUGUAAAAUGGGUGAAAAAACAUCCAGAAAACACAAUAGAAGAAAUCAACUUUGAAGCCAGAUCAAAUCAACUGGUAGCCUUAGUAGGUCCAGUGGGUGCAGGAAAAUCAACCCUCCUACAAGUUAUUUUGAAAGAACUGAAACCGUUAGAGGGCACUGUAAAAGUAACUGGAACUGUUUCCUUUGCAUCACAAGAACCCUGGGUAUUUGCAUCCAGUGUUCGUCAAAAUAUUCUCUUUGGAGAAACUUACAACGAAAAGAAAUAUUAUGAAGUUUUAAGAGUGUGUGCUCUAGAAAAAGACUUAAAAUUAUUUCCGCAUGGUGACAGAACCCUUAUUGGGGAGAGAGGUACGUCUUUAAGUGGUGGACAAAGAGCUAGAAUCAAUCUAGCCAGAGCUAUUUACAAGGAAGCAGAUAUAUAUCUGCUUGAUGAUCCCUUAUCUGCAGUAGAUACACAAGUUGGUAAACAAAUAUUUAAUAGGUGCAUUUGUAACUAUCUUAGGAAAAAAUGUGUGGUGUUAGUAACACAUCAAUUACAAUAUUUAUAUAGAGCUAAGUUUAUAUACUUAAUCGAUGAUGGUCGAAUUCGAGCUUCCGGUACUUUUGAAAACUUAAAAAAUGGUGAUAACGCCUUUACAAAAUUAUUAGCCACCGCAACUGAAAUGGAUCAACUGGAGCAUGACAGGAAACUGUCAAAAUCUGAAUCUGUUACUUCGAUCAAUUACGAAGAAGAAGAUUAUAUAUCUAUCGAUCAACAAAAGGAAACAAUUGGAUCUGGUGGAGUGUCUUGGAGAGUUUAUGGAAAUUAUUUGAAGGCGGGAGGAAAUUUGUGCAAAACUUUGAUACUGGCCCUAAGUUUCGUUGGAACACAAGUUUUGGUUUCUUUAUCGGACAUAUUUUUAACGUUAUGGGUAAACGUAGAACAGUGGAGAAGAAAACAAGCAGUUUUCUUAAAUGAAACCUUAAAUUCUUCAAACGUCGAUACAUUAUUGGAAUAUAAAGACCAAUCCACUGAAAGUCACUGGUCACACGUAAUGGACCAAAUUAGUCCUUUGCAUAUAUACAGCUUCCUUGUAAUUGCAACAGUUCUUCUGGCUGUUGCUAGAUCCCUUGCAUCAUUUAGCUAUUUUUUGACUGCUUCCACGAACGUCCAUAAUUCAAUGUUUCGAAAAAUUAUUAGCUCACCAAUGCUGUUUUUUAAUAUUAAUCCAUCUGGUAGGAUUUUAAACAGAUUUUCCAAGGAUAUUGGUAUUUUAGAUGAACUACUACCACUAGCAACUGCAGACUCAACCUGGGUCGGCCUUACUGUAGUGGCUACAACAAUAGUUAUCAGUCUUUUGAAUCCUUGGAUAUUGAUACCCACAGCUGUUAUUGUUUGUAUCUUUUACAAAAUUAAGCAAAUAUUUCUUGUAUCCAGUAGAAAUAUUAAACGGAUUGAAGCUGUCACUCGUAGUCCAAUUUUUACCCAUUUAGCUGCUUCCCUACAGGGACUUCCAACAAUAAGAGCAUUUGGAGCUGAGCAGAUUCUAACUCAAGAGUUUGAUAAUUUUCAAGAUGCUUACACAUCUUCAUAUUUCAUGUUCCUAACUGCAAGUAGAGGCUUUGGAUUCUGGUUGGACUUACACUGUGCCUUUUAUAUUAGUCUGGUCGUCAUCAGUAUAGUUUUCUCUCAAAGUGAUUCGCUGGGAGGGAAUGUCGGUCUUUCACUGACUCAGGCAAUCACAUUGUCAGGAAUGUUCCAAUGGGUAAUGCGAGAAUGGAGCGAACUGGAAAACCAAAUGACUUCAGUAGAAAGGACACAAGAAUAUACCGACCUACCCAUAGAAUCCGAUAACGAGAGAAAACAGCCUCCAGUAGAUUGGCCCAGUUUUGGAGGCCUAACGUUUAAAAAUAUGAGUUUAAGAUACUCCUUGGAAGCUCCUUGUGUACUUAAAAAUCUUAAUUUCGAGAUAAAACCUAGGGAAAAAAUAGGCAUCGUUGGAAGAACUGGUGCUGGAAAGUCAUCUUUGAUCCAAGCAUUAUUCAGACUGGCGAUAAAUGAAGGAAGCUUAGUCAUAGAUAAUGUCGAUAUAAAUACUGUUGAGCUGAAGGUGUUGAGGUCUAAGAUAUCUAUCAUUCCACAAGAACCUGUGCUUUUCUCAGGAACGCUUAGGAAAAACUUGGAUCCAUUUGAUGAUUACAGUGAUAAAGUACUUUGGGACGCCUUGGAUGAGGUGGAAUUGAAACACGCAGUGGAGGAGAUGAGGCACAAUCUAUACGGCAAGAUGGCGGAAGGAGGAUCCAAUUUCAGUGUGGGUCAACGGCAGCUACUUUGCUUAGCGAGAGCUAUUAUCAGAAACAACAAAAUCUUAGUUCUAGACGAAGCAACUGCUAAUGUUGAUCCGAUGACGGAUGCUAUUAUUCAAAAGACUAUUCGAGAAAAGUUUGCAGAGUGUACAGUGCUGACGAUCGCUCACAGGCUAAACACUAUUAUGGACUCUAAUAAAGUUUUAGUGAUGAACGCCGGAGAAGCUGUCGAGUUCGAUCAUCCGUAUACAUUAUUACAAAAUAAAAAGUCUAUAUUUUAUGACUUAGUUAGGAAUACCGGUAAAAAUAUGGCUGCGCAUUUAAGUGAUAUCGCGGAACAAAGUUAUUUUAACAUACAGAAUAGUAGUAGUAGUUAAUUUUGUAGAUAUAUUUUUUUAUAAUUUUAAUGUUAUUUUAUAAAUACAGAAUAAAUAUAUAUAUAUUUGUUUUAA